AUGGAAGUGGAACUGGUUCUUUUCUUGUUAUUUCUUCUUCCUCCGGUUGUUAGAGCCUCUGACAGUCUUCUCUCUCCAAAGGGUGUCAACUAUGAAGUGGCUGCAUUGAUGUCGGUGAAGAGCAAAAUGUGGGACGAGUUGCACGUUUUGGAAGGUUGGGACAUUAAUUCUGUGGAUCCAUGCACUUGGAACAUGGUUGCUUGCUCUGUUGAAGGCUUUGUCAUUUCUCUCGAAAUGACCAGCGCUGGACUAUCAGGAACGCUUUCACCAAGCAUUGGAAACUUGAGUCACUUGAGGACAUUACUAUUGCAGAACAAUCAACUAUCUGGUCCAGUCCCACUUGAGAUAGGAAAGCUUUCAGAACUUCAGACUCUUGAUCUUUCGGGAAACCAAUUUGUUGGGGACAUCCCGAGUUCACUGGGAUUCCUAGUUCAUCUGACUUAUUUGCGGCUGAGUAGAAACAAGUUAUCAGGGCAGAUACCUAGUGCAGUGGCAAAUCUCUCAGGUCUUUCAUUCUUGGAUUUAUCUUUCAAUAAUCUUAGUGGUCCAACUCCAAAAAUACUUGCAAAGGGCUACAGUGUUUCAGGAAACAGCUUCCUCUGCACUUCACAAGCUUGCACAGGCAUCUCGAAACCGAUGAACGGAACAGCUGCAGCAUCUUCACCUCAGAGGGCAGAUGGUCAUAACAGAUGGGUUCUUUCUGUAGCCACCGGCAUCAGUUGUACAUUCGUGGUUUCGGUUAUAUUGCUUAUUUGCUGGGUACAUUGGUACAGAUCGCGUUUUCUCUUCAACUCAUAUGUACAGCAGGAUUAUGAAUUUGAGAUUGGCCAAUUGAUGAGGUUCACUUUCCGUGAGUUGCAAACAGCAACUGGAAACUUUAGCCCCAAAAGCAUCCUUGGUCAAGGUGGAUAUGGAGUAGUCUAUAAAGGAUGUCUUCCCAAUGGAACAUUGGUGGCGGUCAAACGGCUGAAGGACCCAAACUAUACUGGUGAAGUGCAGUUCCAAACUGAAGUUGAGAUGAUUGGCCUAGCUCUGCACAGAAACCUCUUAAGACUCUACGGCUUUUGUAUGACACCAGAAGAGAGAAUGCUCGUUUAUCCUUACAUGCCAAAUGGAAGUGUGGCUGACCGAUUGAGAGAGACUUGUCGCGAAAGGCCAUCUUUGGACUGGAAGAGAAGAAUGUGUAUCGCUCUUGGCACUGCCCGUGGUCUUCUCUAUUUGCACGAACAAUGCAAUCCGAAAAUAAUUCACCGGGAUGUGAAGGCAGCAAACAUCCUUCUUGAUGAAAGUUUUGAAGCCAUAGUUGGUGAUUUCGGUCUGGCUAAGUUGCUAGAUAGGAGGGAGUCUCAUGUGACUACUGCAGUGCGUGGCACGGUGGGUCACAUCGCCCCAGAGUAUCUCUCAACCGGACAGUCCUCGGAGAAAACCGAUGUCUUUGGAUUCGGGAUACUGCUUUUGGAACUUAUAACUGGGCAAAAGGCACUAGAUGCUGGCAAUGGUCAGGUUCAGAAAGGAAUGAUUCUUGACUGGGUGAGAACCUUGCAUGAAGAAAAGAGGCUUGAAGUCCUGGUGGACAGGGAUCUGAGAGGGUGUUUCGACGCGCCGGAGCUAGAGAAGGCGGUAGAACUGGCCCUGCAGUGUACUCAGUCGAACCCGAACCUCCGGCCAAAGAUGUCCGACGUUUUGAAGGUCCUAGAAGGUCUCGGACAAGUGGAUAACAUGGACGAUUCACAAGGUGGGAACAACAACCUAGGAGAAAACAGAGAAUGUAGUUUCUCUAGGAAUUACAGUGACAUUCAGGAGUCCUCUUUCAUAAUUGAAGCUAUGGAGCUUUCCGGACCCAGAUGA